GAUUAAAUGAGGUUUUUUUAAAUUCAUUGUUUUCAACAAACUAAUCAACACUCUAGAAAAUUUAAACUUUUUAGUUUUUCAAAUUUAAAUUUCGUCUUCGAUUCAGCGAUAAAACAUGAAAUCAAUCAUUCUAAUUUCAGCUCUAAUUGGAUGUUGCUUUGCCGCAACUCCAAAGAUCGGUAAGUGUCCAACUCCAGGUGAUGAAAAGACUGAUUUCGAAGUGUCCAGAUAUCUUGGUCGUUGGUAUGAAAUCAAAAGAUCGGAUACUCCAAGCGAAAAGGGUGUUAAAUGUUCAACUGCAAAUUACAGUCUUCGAAGUGAUGGUAAAAUUAAUGUAACCAAUUCUGGAGUCAAUUCCGAAGGCGACAAUGUUGUUGUUUACUUGACUGCCUCAAUUGUCAACCCAGACCAACCAAACUUUUUGAGUGUUGAGAUAUUCCCAGGAGCACCAACUGCAAGCUAUUGGGUAAUUAAGACUGACUAUGAAACAUAUUCAUCCUUAAUUUCAUGUGUCCAAAUUACUGCUGAUAUGUAUUCACUUUCUGGUUGGAUCCUUUCAAGAACCCCAACAUUGGACGUUGCAUUGGUCGAUGAAUUGACUAAAUUACUGGAAACCAAAGGAGUCACUGAGCUAUUGACAAAUGACAGAACUGGCUGCACCAAUUAAAUAAAAUUGUCCAGUCAAUAAGGCGACAAAUUUUGAGAAAUUAAUUCACUUAUGUUGAACCAAUAAAAAAAAAUUUCAAAUCAUA